CUGUUAAGUUGGUGCCAAGUCUGGGGAAAAGUCCAGGAGGAAUUGUACCAACACAGAGUGGCUAAAAUUGAUAAUACCGAAGUGCCAUUGGCGCAAUACAAGGGCCAAGUCCUGCUCAUCGUGAACGUGGCUUCGGAAUGUGGUUUCACUGAUGGGCAUUAUAAGCAACUACAAAAAGUCUACUAUAUCCUGGGUGAUUCUGGCGUUUUUGAGAUAUUGGCCUUCCCUUGCAAUCAGUUUGGCAAUCAAGAACCCAAAUCCAACUCGAAAAUCUGGGAAUUCGCCACCAAAAAGUAUGGCGUCACUUUUCCCAUGUUUGCCAAGGUUCUCGUGACUGGAGCAGAUGCACACCCCUUUUGGCAAUAUAUUAAAGGUGUGACCGGUGUUGCCCCAAAUUGGAAUUUCUAUAAAUAUUUAGUCGACCAUGAAGGUACCUUAGUCCACAUCUUUGGUCCCGACGUCAGUGUGGAAGAUACCUUUGACCAAAUCCAAGGUCUUGUCGACCAAGCCAAAGCUGCCAAGAAGAUCAGUGACGAGUCUCCCAAAUCUGAGCUCUAAGAGCGAUUGAGUCUCCUUUAUUCAUUGCAUGGCAAAACUUCGAUAAAUAUUAAAUGAAGCAAAUAUUGCUGCAUACAACAAUCGAUUCUAAUUCAAGA